AGAUGUCACUGCUCUCUGAGCUCCCAGCCCCCAGGACAGAACAGCCUUCUCUUGAGCUCAGCCAGAUUCGAUGGGGCCGGGAGAACAAGAUGCCCAUUCUCAUUUCCAAGAUCUUCAAGGGACUGGCAGCUGACCAGACCGAGGCCCUCUUUGUGGGGGACGCCAUCCUGUCUGUGAAUGGGGAAGACCUGUCCUCUGCCACCCACGAUGAGGCCGUUCAGGCCCUCAAGAAGACAGGCAAGGAGGUGGUGCUGGAAGUCAAGUACAUGAAGGAGGUCUCACCGUAUUUCAAGAACUCUGCCGGCGGCGGGACCUCGGUGGGCUGGGACUCGCCUCCUGCCUCACCCCUUCAGCGGCAGCCUUCCUCCCCUGGCCCCCCACUCCGGGACCUCAGUGAUGCCAAACACCUGUCCUUGAAAAUGGCAUAUGUCUCACGGAGGUGCACCCCCACUGACCCAGAGCCCAGGUAUCUGGAGAUUUGUUCAGCCGAUGGCCAAGACACCCUCUUUCUGAGGGCCAAGGACGAGGCAAGCGCGAGGUCAUGGGCAACGGCCAUCCAAGCGCAGGUCCACACCCUGAUGCCCUGGGUCAAAGACGAGUUGCAGGCGCUGCUGGCCGCCACCAGCACAGCUGGGAGCCAGGACCUCAAGCAGAUCGGCUGGCUGACUGAGCAGCUGUCCAGUGGGAGCACAGCGCCUACCCUGGCCCUGCUGACCGACAAGGAGCUGCUUCUCUACUCCUGCCUCCCCCAGACCCGAGAGGCCCUCAGCCGGCCGGCACGUACCGCCCCGCUCAUCGCCACCAGGCUGGUGCACUCAGGCCCUGCAAAGGGCUCGGUGCCCUACGAUGCAGAGCUGUCUUUCGUCCUGCGCACGGGCACACGGCACGGCGUGGACACGCACCUGUUUAGUGUGGAGUCACCGCAGGAGCUGGCUGCCUGGACCCGCCAGCUGGUGGAUGGCUGUCACCGGGCCGCUGAGGGUGUACAGGAGGUGUCUACAGCCUGCACGUGGAAUGGCCGUCCCUGUAGCCUCUCUGUGCACAUGGACAAGGGCUUCACGCUGUGGGCGGCUGAGCCAGGUGCCCCCCGAACUGUGCUACUCCGGCAGCCCUUCGAGAAGCUGCAGAUGUCCUCGGACGAUGGUGCCAGCCUCCUUUUCCUGGACUUCGGGGGCGCUGAGGGAGAGAUCCAGCUGGACCUGCACUCCUGCCCCAAAACCAUCGUCUUCAUCAUCCACUCCUUCCUCUCGGCCAAAGUCACCCGCCUGGGGUUGUUGGCUUAGAGGUCACCAGGUGCACCAGCCUUGAAGAGGGACGCCCCCCCCUUCCCCCACCUAACGACCCGACCUGGUCCUCUGCUGACUGCCUGCUCACCGCUAGGCUGAGGGAAGGGAGAGGAGUGGAAUGAGAGCUGCAGAGAUUCGGCCCCUGAGGGACAGUCUCCAGGACCAGAAUCCAGACCCAGGACCCAGUGGCCCCUGCCCUUUGACCUGUGACGGGGCAGCCUCUCUGCUGCCCCCUCCCCAACAGUGCCUUUUGCAGAGAGAUAUUUUGUGUAUACAGAAGCCAUUCCGAGUCUGGGACCUGCCCCUGUGGGGAUCCUGACCCCAGCCAACAGCUGCCCGGCCACUCAGAGGCCCCUAAGCCACCCCCAGAAGUCCCCUCUGAAGCUGGGGUCCCGGGAGUCAGUGGCAAGAGAAAGAGGAGGAGUUUUUCUGUUCAACUUUUCUUUCCACCCCACCACCUGGGGGUGUCAGUUUUUCUCUCUCCUCUUCUCUCUUUCCUCCGUCUUCUUGGAGAAAUAAACGGUCUGUGAAUCCACA